AUGAUAGAAAGUGACAUCUCGUCCAUAAUGUCAGGAAUUAUUCGAAACUCAGGGCAAAAUCACCGCCCCUCUCCACAGGAAUACAGGCUCCUGGCCACCGCCAGUGAUGAUGACCUUCCUGGGGACCUGCAGUCGCUGUCGUGGCUCACGGCCGUGGACGUACCACGGUUGCAGCAGAUGGCGAGUGGCCGUGUGGAUCUGGGCGGCCCCAGUGCGCCACAGCCGCACGCAGGUGCCUUGGCAGGGGUGGCUGACCUGCAUGUGGGAGCCACCUCAGGUCCCCUGCUCCAUGGGCCAGCUGGCAUGGCCCCCCCAGGCAUCCUGGGCCUGGGCCCUCUGGCCAGCCACGAAGCCAGUAUAAGCCCAUUCCCAGUGAGGGGCCAGCCCUCUGCAGGCCAGCAGGAGCCACAGCUUUAUGCGCCCACCACCCAGCCGCAGUUCCCACUCCCCCAGGGCCAGCAGUGCUCCCCGGCGGGCCUAUAUGGCUCCCCAUUUGGGGUGCAGCCUCCCUACCCCCAGCCCCGUGUGGCCAUGCACUCGUCUCAGGAACUGCACCCCAAACACUACCCCAAGCCCAUCUACUCAUACAGUUGUCUGAUCGCCAUGGCCCUGAAGAACAGCAAGACAGGCAGCCUGCCCGUGAGCGAGAUCUACAGCUUCAUGAAGGAGCACUUCCCCUACUUCAAGACGGCCCCCGAUGGCUGGAAGAACUCAGUGCGGCACAACCUGUCCCUGAACAAGUGCUUCGAGAAGGUGGAGAACAAGAUGAGCGGCUCCUCGCGCAAGGGCUGCCUGUGGGCCCUGAACCUGGCUCGCAUCGACAAGAUGGAGGAGGAGAUGCACAAGUGGAAAAGGAAGGACCUCGCAGCCAUCCACCGGAGCAUGGCCAACCCCGAGGAACUGGACAAGCUGAUCUCAGAUCGGCCGGAGAGCUGCCGGCGCCCUGGCAAACUGGGCGAGCCAGAGGCCUCUGUGUUGACUCACUCCGCCACAGUGGCCAUGGCCCACGGCUGCCUGGCUGUCUCCCAGCUCCCACCCCAGCCCCUGAUGACACUAUCCCUGCAGUCUGUCCCCCUGCACCACCAGGCCCAGCCCCAGGCACAUCUGGCUCCAGACUCCCCCGCCCCAGCCCAGACCCCACCCCUGCACGCCCUGCCGGACCACAGCCCCAGUCCCCUGCCCCACCCCGCCAUGGGGAGGGCUCCAGUGGACUUCAUCAACAUCUCCACCGACAUGAACCCUGAGGUGGACACCCUGGACCCCAGCAUCAUGGACUUCGCUCUGCAGGGGAACCUCUGGGAGGAGAUGAAGGACGAGGGCUUCAGCCUGGAUGCGCUGGGGGCCUUCGGAGACUCCCCACUUGACUGUGACCUGGGGGGCCCGGGCCUGACCCCCGUCUCUGGCGGCAACAACCAGUCCUUCUCAGACUUGCAGGUGACAGGCCUGUAUGCCACGUACUCCACCCCGGACAGUGUGGCCACCUCUGCCACCGCCUCCUCCUCUCCAUACCUGGGUGCCCCGGGGAACAAGCCCAUAGCCCUGCUGUGAGCUGAGGUGCCCCCUGGC